CGAGAAAUGACGACACGGCCAUGACAAAUGUUGUGGUUCUGGAUGAGAUUCAGGUUGUCAGUCGUAGUGCAGAAAUAGAAAUGGAUUAUCGCUAAAUCAAGCUUUUUAAUAAAUUUACCUUGAAGGUGUGAUUAUUAUUUUGGAGACACGUUUGAAUGGGUGCCUUCAUGUACAGUCACUGAGAAGUUCUAUAGUGCUGACUAGCAGGUAUUCUGUUCACUGAAUAACAAACAAGAUGAGUAUAAGAGGAUCUCAGACCUUUGUGUGGGACACAAAUAAAAUGCUUGGCCAGGGGGCAACCAGCAUGGUUUACAUGGGGAGAAAUAAGAAAACUGGGGAUGAAGUGGCAGUGAAAGUUUUUAACCCGCAGAGCUAUCAUAGGCCCUUUCCAGUGCAAAUGAGGGAGUUUGAAGUGAUGAGGAAACUAAGCCAUGACAACAUUGUUAAGCUUUUAGCUAUUGAAGAGGAGCUACCAAGUCGUGCCAAAGUUAUUGUCAUGGAGUACUGCACCCAUGGCAGCCUUUACAAUUUGUUGGAUUUGCCGGAAAACAAUUUUGGUCUUUCAGAGGAAGAGUUUGUCAAUGUUCUUAAGCAAGUCACUGCUGGAGUGAAACAUUUGAGAGAUCAGGACAUCAUCCACAGGGACAUCAAACCAGGAAACAUUCUGAGAUCUGUGGCACCCGAUGGCACAUCUGUAUUUAAACUAACAGAUUUUGGAGCUGCCAGAGAACUUCAGCAAGAUGAAGAGUUUGCUUCUCUUUAUGGGACAGAUGAAUAUUUGCAUCCUGAUAUGUAUGAAAGAGCUGUGUUAAGGAGGCCCUUAGGCCAGCACUUUGGUGUUUAUGUUGAUCUGUGGAGUCUUGGCGUGACCUUCUACCACGCUGCCACUGGGAACUUGCCUUUCAGACCCUACGGUGGACGACGGAAUAAAGAAACCAUGCACAUGAUCACAGCCAAGAAAGAGCAUGGAAUUAUUUCUGGUGUUCAAGAGCAACAAAAUGGACCAAUCAGAUGGGAGAGAGAUCUACCUCUUACAUGCAGACUGUCAAAAGGGUUGAAGCUACUGAUCACUCCAUUCUUGGCCGACCUGUUGGAGAAGGACCAAGCAAAGACAAUCACUUUUGAUGAAUACUUUUCUAAAGUUCACGACAUAACUUCACGCAUUCCCUACGAUGUGUUCUGCCCAACCACAUUCUCACUCAUCACAGUCUACACAAGACUAAAGGAUGACAUGUCCCAGCUUCGCCAACUGAUCACAGAACAGACAGACAUACCUGGUGGUGCCCAGCUGCUGCUGCAUGAUGGGAAGGUUCUGACCCAUGAGUCCAGAGACCCUGUGUCCAAGUACCUGAAGCACAUCACACCAGACAACCCCAUCUUUGUCUUCAACAAACUGCCAGAAUUCAAGAAGUUUGUCAAGCCUGUGUAUGGCUUAUUCAAGGACAUACCAACAGAAACCAAUGUGGCUAAUGACUAUCCCCUUGCAAAGAAAAACUUUGCAGCUCUCUACUCUGUGAGAAAUGCUGUAAAAAAACUGGUUCACAAUGACAUGUUGGUCACCAAGGCAGUCAAGAUGUACAGCAACUAUGUGCAUGAAAAAAGUAGCCACCUAGAGCACACAACCUUCCAUGUGACCCGCCUGUGUACUGACACCAAAGCCUGGAUAGAGCAGCUGUUUGCCUCAGUUGGCCUGCAGGUGGGCAUGUUCAGGGCCCUGGCCAACAGCGGCCUCAAGGCAAAGGUCACUGAUGUGGUCAGCCAAGUCAACAUGCUGCAAACUGUCCACCAGACAGGCAAGAGGGAGUGUUUACAGAUUAAUUCAACGCUACAAACAAAACUAGACAAGGCCACAGAACUUCUCCAGUUAAUAAAAAGUGGGCACAUCAUUGAUUCUGACUGGGACCCCAGUAAAGGCUGUAUGCCAGCAGAUCGUUGUAUUGAAAAGAUUGAUAACAUGAUCCAGCGAGUUCAAAAAAUCCUCAACUCUUUUCGUGAAGACCGAUCUAAAGUCACCCUAAAUAACAAUGAUGAACAGAUACACAGAUUUGAUAAAAACAAGAUGAAGGAGCUGUGUAUUACAGCCACAACACUGGUGGAUGAUGACUGCACUAAGAAUGCUCAGCAACUGUUUGUGGCCUUUAGACAGUUUUACGCCAAAGCUGUCCAGAUUCAUGACUCUGGGGAAAGGCUGGAAGGAAUCAUAACAGAGGUGGUGAAUGACCAGGGAAGGCUUGUGGGAAAACUUAAAGGGUCAGGGAAACAGUGCCUGGCCCUGACAGAGAACUGCCUGACAGCCCUAGGGCAGACCACCAUCAGCAACGGGGACCUGACAGAGCAGCUGGACAACGCUGCACCUUCUGAUGUUAACUCAACUGGGAGUAGGAAGGAGAGGUUGGACAGUGUCCUCGAUAGUCUACAAAACACCAGGUCAUCUUUGGAGGAAGUUCGUGCUUUAAUCACAGAAAACACUAGUCUAAUGGAGAGGUUUAGUACACUAGGAGAAACUUCAGAGGAGUACAAAGACUGGGAGCUGUUGUCAUGACAACCUGGCAUGAGCAUGUCACAUGACUAAAGUUAACCUUGUACUAGUGUUAUGCUUAGUUAUAAAACUCUUGUAGGUAGCCCUUCUAGGUGACUUUUCGAGGUGACUUUACAAACCUUAUUGUUGGACUUCGAAAAACCUUUUUUUGUUGGAUUUAUAUAUGAACUUGUUAAGAAUGUUGUAUAUAAACAUUGCUGGCUUUUAUGUUAAUAUUUACUGUAUAUACAUUAUUUUUAUUUGUUGCGAUGGCAUACAGAUUUUAAAUAUUUGAUAUAAAAACUGUUUACAUGAAACUAUUCUAUGUUAAUAAAUUAUUGUAAAGAAAUGUUUGUUUUGAUCUUUAUAACUGAUUUCUUCAUCAGAGUUUAAGAAGUUGUUUUUAGGAAAUGAAUACAGAUGUUAAUUUGUUUGUAAAUAAUAAAAAACAUUUGUGAAUAUCUGUAUAUAUUUUGAAUGGCAACAGAAUUAAGAGAAUUAUCAUUUUUUUUUAACCUUACAUUGGAAUUGAACAGUAAUUUUAAAAACUUUUAAAAAUGAUGAAUUAGUUUUGUUAAACUUGAUUUAAUGCAUAUCAAUGAGGUCUUGGUUUUAAAAAUAAAUUUCAUUUUUUUUUUGUUUCCUUGCUUUAUUUGAAGUGCCAAUAUUCUCAUACUUUAAAACAAUGGUGGUGUACUAUAAAUAGAAUUGUUCUUCUUCACCUGUACACAUCUGUGUCAAGAGGACAGUCUGCCUAGGACUUUGGCUGGUGAACUUUGACCUUGAACAUGUAAUUGUAAUAGAUUAUUGUAGUGUGGCUGUGAUUAAGUCUGAAUAAAUUUUUGUCCUUGAAUAUCUCACAUGUACCAAAUUAUUUUUAUCUGUGAUUUUUUUUUUAUAGAAACCAAACUGCUAUACAUUGCAUAGACCUAGUUAUGGAUAGAUUUUAGAAUUUAUGAUGGUAACUUAUAGAUAGAUUUCAAAAUAAUUAAUCAUAAAUUAUUUAUAGAUUUCAUAAUAAUAGAUGGUAAAUUAUAGAUAGAUUUAAUAAUCGUUUAUGAUAAAUUUUUCGUGAUUUGAAUUUACCUCACCAGAAAUAUGGUAUUGAAACUAAGUAAUACCUUAACUAUGUUGCAUGAACAAAAUUACAGUUAUAUACUAUAUGCCCCUCUUCAUAAGCAGUCAGGGUGGUAUUAAUUAACACAGUCAUUAACAGUGUAAUUCUCACAUGCUAGCCAUUUUUUUUUUCUAAUGCUAUCAUCCUACGUCUCUGUCAUUCUCCACGCCCCUCCCCCUCUUGAUAGCCGAGAAAUAUUACUAAACAAAUAUGAAUUAAAAUGUGUCAACUGUGGCGUUUCUAGUUUUAUGCUAUUCUCAAAUCUAUUACAAUUCUUUAGAAAAGGUAUAAUAAAAUAAUUUUUUAAAAUAUGCCAAUGGUGUAUUCUUAUGUACAGUGGGAUAAUUGACAGGGGUGAUUUUCCUGCCUCCACCAUCUCAUAUUGUUUAGGUUUGUGUGGUAGCAUUUAGUGUUAGCCAUAGGGCUGGAUUAUAAAAUGUAUUGACAUGUAAACAUGUACUCAAGAGUUAUUUACUGAGCAGCACAAAGACCAUCUAAUAAUUCAUUCACUACUUUGUUAUAAAUAUCCUUCAAAGUUUUAUAUAUAUUUUUUAGAAUAGAUUUAUAAGGUAUGUUUAAUUAAAACUGAACAUCACAUGCAAAUAACUUGUUAUUGGCACAAUAUUUUCAGCUUCAUUUGUGUACAGCCUAGUAUGUUUAUUUAGGUUUGAUUUAGUCCAGCAGUAAUUGUUUCUGUUUUAAUCAUGUUCUUUCAUUUAAAACGAUAGUGUUCAACAAAAUAACUUUGAGAAUAGUUAUUCAUCUCCCUGUCCUGAAUGAGAGUUGUUUCCCUUAUUUCAUCCUCCUCCCUCCCCUCUCCAAAUAAAACUCCUGUUUGUCCCUAAAGAUUUUUUAAAAUACAUAAUAAAUGGCUGUAGGAAUUGUGAAUAUUUGAAUUCGCUCAUUUUGCUGAUGUAUCCAUUUUUCUUUCAGUAAUAAGUCUUUAGAUCACAUGCUAAUUAUAUUUGAUUUUGUAAUCAUAUUUCAAGUCUAAGACCACAAAGUUUGAUUUGUAUAACAUUUCUGUUUAUAAACUGAAAAGGUAUAAAUCCCUGUGCUGAAUCUUUGUUGCUAAUAAGCAACAUCAGCUACAACCUAUUGAAUCAUUUGAUCCCAAUAUGAGUGAUUUAGCUGUAGGGAGCAACUAAGAUGACUGGAGGAGACUGCAAUAACAAGCAAACCAUUAACAGUUCUAUUGUAUUGGUAUGGAUGUGUUUGGCUUAUUCUAUCCUACAAUAAAUGCAAAUAACCAA